AUGUUGCAGCAGCAGCUGCUGCUCUCCCCCACGCAGCUCCCUGCGGCUUUCUUUGAGCAUUGCCAUGACAGCAGCUGCUGCAGAUGCAGCAAUAGUGGCGGCAGCUGCAACAACAGCGGGUGCGAGGACCAGGCAGCAGAUGCGCUCACCCAGCAACCCUGCUGUUUAGCGGCGGGGGGGGAUUGGCCUUGCAGCAGAUGUGCUGCGUAUGCGCAGCUGAUGCGGCUGCGGUGUGACGCAUCGCCCUCCCUUUGUGCCGCCUUCCCGUCUGUGACUGCAGCCUUUUGCCACGCAGCUCUCCCAAAGUCGGAAGAGCUGGUGAGCACGGCAGCGACGGCUGCAGCGCAGCCCCCAUCGAGCGGAUCGCCACACCCCGAACUGCAGCGUUCAGCUGCAGCAGCGGCUGCUGCUGCAGCCUCCUCCGGCUGCUGUUGCUGCUGCUUCCACCACGGCGGCUGCAGCAGCAGUGAAGGGUGGGGCCCCCUGCCGCAGUCUCUCAUGGAGGACGUCAGCUGCGGACUCGGCGCUGCAUGCGAUUCCUGUAUUGCCCUCCAAGAGACCCCCUCCCCUCUCGACACGGAUGGCGGAGGAGGCGAUCAACUGUGGGGAUCUGAAGAAGAGGCUUGGGGCUUUCGCGACUGCUGGGGAGCUCCCAGCAGGUGUACAGAAGCUGCGGAAAGCUCAGAUUUCGAGAGAAGGGCGGUGGCAGCGGGCAUUGGAGCCUUGCUGCUGCAGCUUCCCAGCAACCUCAUCUGCGAUGCGAAUCUCUUGACGAGUGCGCCGAGUCCUUUGAAUGCUCGAGGCGUUGCACUUGGCCCCCUACCCCCGUCUAGGGUGGAGGUUGCUGCUGCAACGCAAGGAGACGCUGCAGGAGAGAGGUGUCAGCAGCAGCAGCGUCCUAGCGCAACUUACACAAGCCGCAGCAGCACCAGUACCUGCUGCUGUGCUAUCGACACUGAAAUGCUGAGGCACUGCAGAGGCGAGGCUGUGGAAGACGCUCUCCGGCUCGAAAGCGGCGGUUUGCUGCACAGGGAGAGGACACCUGAGGCUGCCCCCAUGCUGCCCCCGCAGUGCUGCGAGCCGCAACAGCAACGGCAACAGCAGCAGCAACAGGUUGCGGGGGAUCACGCAUCUCCGCUUCCCGUGUCUUCCUGUGCGAGUCACUGCGCUUCGCCGCUCCAACAGACGCAGUCAGAUGUGCAGCUGCAGCACCAACAGCAGCAGCAGCAGCACCCGCUUGCUGCUGCAGGUUGCUGCUGCGGAAGCGAUCCCUGCAUCUGCUCGCCGCAGCAGCACACAAACGGUGGCUUGUUUUCGCUAGAAAUGGAAGGCUCACAGCAAUGCUACCACCGGCAGGAGCAGCAACAGCAACAGCAGCAACAGCAACAGCACCAACAGCAACAGCAACAGCAACAGCACCAACAGCAACAGCAACAACAGCAGCACGAGUUGCUGCUGCUGCCUGUGCAAAAGCGAAAGCGCGUCAUUAGCGGUGCACUUGCAGAUCCAGCCUGCGACGAGUGGGGUAUUGGGCAGCAUGAGCAUUGGGCAUGCGAUGGCCUCGGAGCUUCCUCUCUUUUGCUAUCUUCGGAAGAGCAGCAACAGCAGCCUCAGCAGCUUUCUCCAGCGUCAUUUUAUGAUUUUUCUUCGUCCCCCUCCACGGGCACUGCAGGAUCCCAACACCAGCAACAGCAUCUGAUGCUGCAACACGGAUCACCAACGACAGCAACAACCUGCCUGGGGUGUGGCAGUGCGACGAGCUGUUGUAACUGCGGGGCACUAGGGUUGGAUCCGCAGCAGCAACAACAACCGCAGCAGCAGCAGCAGCAGCACAUCGGUCUCCGCACUUUGAUCGACAGGUCUGUGGUGGCGCGUCAGCUGUCUCGUCUGUCUCAAGACUCUCCUGCUGGCGUUGCCGAUGUGGCAGCAACUGGUGGUCCUCAGGAGUGCAGCAAGGAUUCUUCUCCCGCUUCCGCAGCACCGUCUCCGAAGUUAGCCGCGGCAACGCCAGUAGCGGGAGGCGGCCCCUUUGUGUGCAACGUCGACGUGCCGGUGUGUCUCCCUCAGUUCGAAGACAGCGAGGAUUGUUUGUCCCUGCUGAAUCUCACCGAAAACCAGUGGCAGCAGUUUCGAGCUCAAGGCAUGUUUAAGCUGGGGGACAAAGGCCGAGCCAUUAUUAAGAGUCGCAUAUCCAGGCAGCUGCGCGUCUUCCCGCACUUGCGUAAGAGGGCCUCCUCUGUUGCAGGAAUAUGCGGCCUCUACGACGUGCUGCCUCCCCAGUUUCAGCCCGCUUCCUUCAGAAGCGCUGAGGAGAGCCACCCGCAGCAAGCGCAGCCGCUCGCCUCGCAGCAGCAAGGGCAGCAAGAAUCAGGACCAAACGUUGCCUCGCCUUUUUCAUCCUUAACCCCCCAAAGCACCAACACGUUGACGGACGGAGGCCCUGGAACUGGAGCCACCUCAGGACCUUCAGCAGCACUGAUGCUGCCCGAUUUCGAUGCGUCCUCUCCUGGAGCCCGCCUAGACGCAGGGCGCCAAGGUCCUUUAAUACCUCUCAGCCACUACUUCAGUUGCUCUGGAGGCACCGAAGUAGCGCCAUUGGCUGCAACAGACAGCCACGGGGCACAGGAUUGCACUGUUGCCAGUGAAUGCGCCUCCAUCAACAGCGAUACCCCUACAGUUUCCUGUGAGUGGUGGGGCCUCGCGCCUUUUACCUCGCCACUAAUUGGUUCCAUGGCACAUGGAUUAGCUCCUGCAUGCAUCCUUGCGGUUGACUGUGCUGCAUCUCCGAAAAGACUAUCACUCAUCGAAAAAAUAGCCAGCGGAGUAAACACUUCCGAGCCAGCAGUAGCCGGUCUACACGCUUGGAGCAAUAACACCAAAAAGCGAGAUCGAUGCACAACACCCUGCAAACGGCCUGGCAAAAGCGACGAAUCGAUAGAUACUACACAACAUGGAGAGAACCUUGCUAGAGGGGCAAUUGAAUAG